AUGACUUUCGCUGCAAUCGCUGGGACGGCCCUUGCCACAUGGAUAGCAUACCAGUGGGUACUGUUCACCAUCACCGAGCGAAAGGUUCGGCAUAUCCCAACUGUUGGGCCAGAUGGUUUUAUUUCUUCUUACAUCGCGGCGUGGAAAUAUAUGUUUUCCGGGAAGGAUGCUAUCCAUGAGGGAUACGAGAAGUAUCGGGGCUCCGUCUUCAAAGUCCCCACACUCUCGACUGCCAAUCGCUGGCUUAUCGUUGCGAGUGGUCCCAACAUGAUUGAGGAAAUUCGAAAGGCCACUGAAGACGAGCUAUCGCAACACGAUGCUAGCUUCGAAAGCUUCCAACGAGAUUACAUUUUGCGGGACAAGGGACCUAUGCUUCGCAACAUGGGCCAUAACAUUGUCAGAGUCGUGCGCGGGCCCCUGACUAAAAGCUUCCCGUUGCGGUUUGAGGAGCUCAAAGAGGAGAUUGGGCUGUCCCUCGGCGCCAACAUUCCCCCGACGGAAGAAUGGUCCACCGUACCUUUCUAUCCAAAAGCACUUUCGAUAGUCGCCCAAACCUCGAAUCGCUUGUUUGUCGGACUGCCUCUUUGCCGGGAUUCGGAUUAUUGUCAAAUUCACAAGGAUACGACUAUCGCGUUCUUUACUGGAACUCAAUCGCUGAACAUGCUACCGGCGUUCCUAAGACCGUUUGGAGGAAGAUUGUUCACAAAGGUCCACAGAAGUCACGAGGAGACCGCAAAACGACUGGCCUCGGUGAUCCGUGAAAGACUUGAGAUGGAGAAGACGCAUGGAAAGGAUUGGGAGGGGAAGCCGGACGAUCUGAUAUCUUGGUUCUUGGACGUGACUUCGGAAGAAGAGAACAAGACACUUGAAAGCCUUGCGUUGGGCAUCAUGUUCAUCAACAUGGCGGCUAUUCAUACCACUUCGCUUACUCUCACUCUCUGCCUAUUCGAGCUCGUCUCUAGGCAAGAAUACAUGGAACCACUGCGCGCCGAAGUAGAAGAAGUUGUGGAGGAACAUGGGUGGUCGAAGGAGUCUAUGACUCGCAUGCAAAAGCUGGACAGUUUCAUGAAGGAAAGCGUACGAUUUGCUGGGGUAGCUGCUGCCUUUGUUGAACGUCAAUCGAAAACCGAUUACAAACUCUCUGAUGGGACCGUCAUCCCGAAGGGAUUCAGGGUUACUGCUGCAGCUUCGCCCAUGAACUCGGAUUCUGAACUCUACGAGGAUGCGAAAACCUUCGACGGGUUCCGGUUUGCACAAGGAGGUGAUCCCCGUAGCCAGAGCCUUGUAACGCUUUCCCGCGAUUUCCUUCUAUUCGGUAUCGGACGCAAUGCCUGCCCUGGACGAUUCUUCGCCGUCAACGAGGUCAAAGCAAUUCUCGCUAACAUCCUGCUCAAUUAUGAUAUGGAGCUGCCUAAGGAGGGCGCUCAAGAAGGAACGAAAUGGGUUGGACCGUUCCGCGUACCAAAUCCCAAGGCCGAAAUCCUCUUUAGAAAGCGGCAAGGAAGGCCUACGGUUUGA